AUGGCAGACAAGGGGCAAAUCAAACAGACUGCAGCCAUAGUGCUGGGUUGCUUGGAGAGUGUCUCUUCAUUUGCCGCCACCUUCAACCCUCUGUUUGGCAUCGUCACCACACUGGUUGGUGCAGCGAGGAAAGGCCUGGUGGAUGAUGACACAAGCAAGCUGGAGAAGGACUUCCAGCAAAUUCAUGAGAAGUUGGAGAGCAUCUCUGAGCAGAACAAGCAGCUGCUGGACCAGAUCCACACUGCUGAGAUUACCAUAAACUAUGGUAAUUUGGAAAGGAACAUCGAGCACCAGUAUCGAGGCUUCAAGAACAUGGUGGAUCGCAUCAGGAUAGACCCCGAAAAAAGUGAGCGUUAUAGAGAGGAAUUCAAGAAAAUCUAUAGAAAACAAAAAGGCCACCAGAAUCUGAACAGGUACUAUGAUGCCAUCAUGGAAGAUGAGGGUCCUUUUGGCAAGCCGCUACUGAUAUUUUAUCUAGAGCAUUACAAGAAGAACAAAAAGAUUAUGGAGGCAAAAUGCUCUCAUCUGGCCUACAUCUUCCACAUCGGCCUCAUAGCACUGAUGGCCUACUAUGUGGUCACUGAGGAUAAUGAAGAUGAGUUCAGGGAUGAAUGGGGCCAAAAGGUCUUUAACAUUCAGGCCAAGAUGCAAGAAGUCCUGGAAGAGUGUAACUAGAAGUGAUUCCAAAUUCACUGAAAUUUUGUUAAACCACAGCUGUCUUAGUUUCUUCUGCAUGUGAGAACACAAUUGUUCUUUUCUUCCUGAAUUGAUUUUGUAUGUUUAUUAGAUUAUCACUUAAAGAUUUCAAUCUUUUUUCAUAUCCUUAUAUGGCUGUAUAUAUCAGAAACUUUUGCUGUAUAUACAGUAAAGCUGUAGACAUAUUUGUGUAUUAAAAUCAGUGUUAUUCA